AUGCAGUUCCAAGACCGGGAGCACGUCGAGGCGCUGCUCGCCUCUCUGGUGCAGCGUCUGGACGUCAACGACGCUACCGCCCGUGCAACGCGUGUCUCGGAGCUGUAUGCAGCCGUUGCGUCGCUCAGCCGGCAGUUGUCGGCCGAGCGCUUCGCCAAGGCCCUGGGCCAGCUCACCCCGCAGCUCUACACUCUGCUUCAACGUGCCUCCGAGAGCGCGCAAUUGGGUGCACUGCUGGCCAUCGAGCGCCUCAUCGACCUGUCUAAUGAGGACCAAUUCAUCCGCUUCGUCAACUAUGUGAGGUACUUCUUACAGCAGCCUCAAACCAGCAGGAGAGCGCUGCUGGCGGCCUCCUCAGCCAUGGGGAAGCUUGCAACCUCCAGUGUCAGUGGGACGCUGGUGGCAAGCUUUGUGGACUUCGAGGCCAAGCGAGCCUUCGAGUGGCUUCAAGAGAGCCAACCAGGCACUCACGCAGCCAGGAAUGAGGCUCUGGUAAGCCAACGGAGACUGGCGGCGUGCUUCGUGCUGCGUGAACUGGCUCAAGCGGCUCCCACACUGUUCCACGUGAACUUAACCACGUUCUUCCAGAGUAUCUGGGGCGCUGUGAGAGACCAGAAGGUCGAGAUCAGAGAGGCCGCAACCAGUGCGUUGGCUGCGUGUUUACAGCUCAUUACCAAGAGACAGACCCGACACAGAGUGCAGUGGUAUUGCAAGGUGUACGACCAAGUGUUUGAAGGCUUGGCUCUGCGUCCCAGUGCUUCAGGAUCGAGCUCUCCGUCCUCGAGUAAUGGCCAAUCGCUGGCCUCCUGGGAGUGCGCGCACGGAUCUUUACUCGUGAUCGGAGAGCUGAUCGCCAACACGGGGCGAUUCAUGGUGCCGAGAUUCCGAGAAGUGUGCGAUACGGUGCUGAGAUACAAAGACGCCAAGGAGCGACUAGUGAGUCGUGCUGUCUCGAGGCUGCUACCGCAGCUGGCGGAGUUUUGUCCUGGAGCGUUCGUGCAAUACUAUCUGGAUGUGUGUGUGGCACAUUUGACCAAGCGGAUCUUGGAGUACUCAGCGCCGCCGUCGGAGCGUGGCGUGGCGUUCUUAGCCAUGGGCAGACUGUCGUUGGCUGUAGGUGAUGCGCUGCUGCCGCAUCUCCCGCCUAUUCUCAAGUUGGUGAAGGAGUCGCUAGCGCCACACACGGGAUCGAAGCGCAAACGAGCUCGCAACAAGCUCUUCUGUGUCCAAACGCUCACUUGUGUAGCCAAUAUGUCGCGAGCUUUAGGACCACGAUUCGAGCCCUUUUUGUUCCAGGACGGAGUGCUGGAGACGAUGAUGAUUGGUGGACUUAGCGACGAGCUGAUUGAUUCUCUUGCUGAGGUUGUCGCUAGUGUGCCAAGUGCGCUCCCGUAUGUUCAAGAGCGAUUGCUAAACGAGAUCUCGGGGAUCUUGCGUGGCACUCCAUUCUCGCUAGGUAGCGGUGGAGCGGUGUAUCCACCUGGGAGUAGUGGCGGGGCUGGCAGUUCUACCGGCGGCGACGGCAGCGAGUUGACUCUGGAUGCGUCAUACUACGACACUGCCACUGACGCUCCUCCCGCUAAGCAGACGGCCGUCCAGGCUCUGUUUUCGUCGAUGAAGCGAGGCUUCUCCAGUGCUGAGGAUGAUCCGUCCACUGGCAGUGGCUCGUUGAUGAUCAAGGGCGAGACGGGCGACGAGAUUGAUACGAUCUUGUUGUCUUUACGUACGUUGAGCUGCUUCGAUUUCAGUGGCAGCUUCUGUCUCCUGCCAUUUGUACGCGACUGCGUUGCGCUGUAUCUGAAGAACGCGGACGCACGUAUUCGCAAACAGGCAGUGAUCACGUGCAGUAAACUGCUGCUGCCUUCACCUGAAUCUUCGGAUACCGCGCUCAUGUCUUCGUGGCGACACGUCAAGAAGCGAGGACCAAGUGGACGAGUGAUUGAUCUCGUGCUUACACAGCUGCUUCAAGUGGGUAUCUCGGAUAUGGAUGUGGCCGUACGCAGGAGCGUUGUGGAGUCCUUGGACGCUCGUUUCGAUGAGCUGUUGAGUCAGGAGACACAUUUGAAACUGGUCUUCCUCUUGUUGAACGACGAGAGCGCGAUUAUCCGCGAACGUGCCAUGCAAUUAUUGGAACGGCUAGCACCUCGUAACCCUGCGUUCGUGAUGCCAUCGUUGCGUCGUGUGAUAAUUCAAUUGGUCACAGAACUGCAGCACACGUUUGAUCUACGCAUGCGCGAGGACAGCACCCGACUUCUGGGCCACCUUAUUCGUGGAGCUCAGCACUUGGUCGACCCGUACGUCGUGCGUAUCCUCGAGGUGCUUCUACCGAUUCUCGUGCGCGGCAAUGCUCCGUUGACGAUGGCAGUUUUAGUCACUCUUGGGGAGCUGGCGCUGGUGUCGCGUACGCAGAUCGCUGCAUACGAACGCUAUCUCUUCCCGCUUAUCAUCCACACACUCCAAGAUCACUCGUCUAUUGAGAAGCGUCAAGUGGCGUUGCAGACUUUAGGUCAACUGGCGGGUAGUACAGGCUGCGUGGUGCGUCCGUAUCUAGCGUCUCCCAAGUUGUUGGAGAUCUUUCUCAGUCUCUUACAUCACAACGUGGGCAGUCCGUGGUCUCUACGACGUGAGGCGAUGAGGACUAUCGGCAUUCUCGGCGCGUUGGAUCCGUACAAAUACAAGCUGUGUAUUUCAAGGGCAUCGCUAAGACAAGCGAACGAAGUGGCGUCCACAACCGACACGUCAACGACCAAGGAAGAGACGGACAAGAACGCGGACACGGCGCCACUCGGCGUAUCAAAGUCACUAGCAGGCUCCGUGGCGCCGCAGUACCCGACGCUGGAAAUCGACUUGAAGGCGCUGGGCGUGACCAUCAACCUCGCAAGUUUCGACCGCAAGACGACAAGCGACGCGCUGGACGAGAAGCAGCAGAUUGAGUUGCAACUAUUUACUGCAGCACCUAUCGGUACCAGGAAAAUCGACGCCGGUACAGCUGCCGGUACGUUGGGGAUUGGCUCGCAGUCUUCUCAUCCUGUGAGUGGCGCAGCGGGUGUGUCUGCUGGAGCUUCGUCCUCGUCGUUGUCUUCUUCUAAGAAGCGACAGAUAGGCUCGAUUGGCAUGAGUCUGAGUGACGACUCUUUCGACUUUGAGAGCUCCCUGAUGGACAGCGAGUUGGAGCUGGACCCCACCGAGUUGUCGCCAGCGUCCGAGGCCUAUUUCCCUACGGUUGCUAUCCACGCGCUGUUGCGCAUUCUACGCGAGCCGUCAUUGAACGCGCACCACCACGGCGUCAUCCAGGCCAUUAUGUUUAUCUUCAAGAGUCUCAGCACGCAGUGUGUGCCGUUCCUCAAAUACAUUUUGCCGCCGUUCCUGCGAGUUCUGUCCCGUGGUGAGCCGCGACUACGCGAGUCGCUGUUCCUGCAGCUCACGACUUUGAUUUCCAUUGUAAACGCCCACAUGAAGCCGUUCUUCCCGCCGAUCAUGGUGCUCGCGCUGCGGUUCUGGGGGUCGCAUCUCACGCAGAUUGUUCGUCUCGUCGAGAAGAUCUCCCAGGCGGCGCCGCACGAGUUCCGCACCCAGUAUUUUCCCAAGUUAUUGCCAAAACUACUGGAAGUUCUCCAGCCGCAUUUCGGAUUGGGCGGCGCUGCAGACGGCGAGCUUGCUGGAGCUAGUGCUGGUGUUAGCGGCGCAACAGCAAUCACACAAGGCUCUGGAGACAGUGUGAGUGUCGUUGGAGGAAGUGGAGACCACGGACAGGCAGGCGACAGCGUCUCAGGUGGAAGCAGCGACCACACGUCGAGUACUUACGACAUCGUCCAGAACGGCAGUGCAGAUGGCAUAACGGCCGUCGCGGUGGCAGCGAUCCAGGUGCAAGUGGUGCAGGCGCUGAUUGUGUUUGGCGACGCCGUGGAGGAUUACGUUUAUCUGGUGGUGCCUGCCCUCGUGCAUCUCAUGGAAAGUCUGGACACUCCGCUUGAAGUGAAGAUUACCACCGUCUACGCACUCGCGCGUAUUUGUGUGGUCGCCAAUUUUGAACAGUAUGCUGGACCGAGACUGCUGCAGCCUCUUGCACGCGUGGCGUCACAAGUGUCAGCCAAGGGCGCGUUCUUCUUCAGUCGCUCGAGCAGCAGUGCUGCCAUCCCUGUGAGUGGUGGCUCGAGUAUCUCUGGGUCGUCUGGAAGCGGAUCAUCAGGUGCAGCAGCGGCUCGGAUUGCCACGUCCAAAUCGGAAGCUACACGCUUCUCCGAGGUGAUGCUGUAUGCGCUAGGAGCUCUGGUAUUUCAGCUGCAAGCAGAAGUCUUGAGCUUCGAGCCGCUGAUGCAGCAGAUCAUCGCAUCGCUGCCAUUCUCGCAGCGUGGCAAUCUCGCGACGGCUGUUAAUGAUGCUGAAGGAGGCAGUCCCUCGUCAUCGCCACAAGCAAUGGUACAGCGGAUCGCUCAGGCGCUGGAGAGUUUACGUUACGGCGCUCGAGUCCCACGGACGUUCCUGAGUGACCCGGCAUUCAUGACGUCUACGUUACGAAAGUUCUCGACGGAGCUGCAAGCGCAGACCGCGACGUCGAUGACUCCAGCGGCCUCCCCACCAACGAGUGCUCGCUUGCAUGUCAACCAGCAGAAUCUGCGUCGAGCAUGGGAAGCUUCACAGCGCAGCACGAAGGAAGAUUGGCUCGAGUGGAUGCGGCGCUUCUCGAUCGAAUUGCUGCGUGAAUCCCCCAGUGCUGCGCUGCGUUCUUGUUGCGCGCUAGCUCAGGCGUAUAAUCCUCUGGCGCGUGCAUUGUUUAACCCUGCGUUUGUGUCUUGCUGGAACGAGCUGUACGAACAGUAUCAGGAUUAUCUGGUUCGAGCGCUGGAGACUGCGUUCCAGAGCGACACGAUCCCUGCGGAGAUAUUGCAGACGCUACUGAAUCUCGCGGAGUUUAUGGAGCACGACGUGGAGGCGUUGCCGAUCGACAUCCGUGAACUGGGCGAGUUGGCGCAGAAGUGCCAUGCAUAUGCCAAGGCGCUGCAUUACAAGGAGCUAGAGUUCCAUACGUCGCCCAGCACGUGUAUCGAGGCGCUGAUCUCGAUCAACAACCAGCUAGGUCAGCCCGAAGCGGCCGUCGGCAUCUUGAAGUAUGCGCAAGCUCAUCACAGUCGCGUGAUCCAAGUGAAGGAGACGUGGUUCGAGAAGCUUCAGGACUGGCGCGCAGCUCUUGCAUUGUACGACCGAAGACUGCAGUUCGCUCAGCAACAAGGAGGAGAGGACCAGGCGCUAGAUAUCGAGGUUUGUAUCGGAAAGAUGCGGUGCUUAGAGGCACUGGGCAUGUGGGAGGAACUGGGGGCGUUGGCUACCCAAGUGUGGGCUGCGUUGCGCUCGUCCGAGCGUAGUCCGAGCAAAGCAAGCGGCCCGCCUCCGCGUAGUCGCCCGUUGUCUGCUGGCCGGACUGCAUCCGGUAGCGCUGGCGCUGGCUCCGGCCGGGGUAAUCCCGGUCUUCUCCGUCGAGGCAGUAGCAACUACGGCUCGUCUUCGUCCUUGGCCUCGGCGGGGGGCCCUCCGCCGUCUUCUUCGUACCAGCUUGGAGAUGACCGAGGCGACGAAGCGAAAGCGCUUCGACGAGUGGCGAUGCUCGGAGCUCGAGCGAGCUGGUGUCUGUCUCAAUGGGACAGCAUGACGCAGUACGUGACGGAGUGUGCAGCGCAAAACGACAAAAGCAACGCCAAUAGUACAGUUAUCUCUCGAGCUGCUAACGGAAAUGGACAAGGCUACGGCUACGGCCACACGCACGGCCACGGGAUCUUCGGCGCAGAUGAAGACGUCACGGAGUUGUCGUUGUAUGAGUCAGUGUUGGCCGUACACCGCGGCAACUUUGACCAGGCAACGACGCUCAUUGAUGCGACACGAAAGACGCUGGAUACGAAACUCGGAGCGCUGGUGGGCGAGUCGUACAGCCGCGCAUACCGCAGCAUGGUGACUUUGCAGCAACUGAGUGAACUGGAGGAGGUCGUGACGUACAAGAAGCUGCGUGCUCAGAUCUCUAAAGGCGAAGAAGCUGCGCGAUACAAGCGCCACUUGAUGCGCAUGUGGCGUGACCGUCUGUCAGGCUGCAAGCGCGUGGUGGAAGUGUGGCAGCAGUUGAUUGCUGUCCGUGCGUUGAUCUUGUCGCCACACGAAGACAUCGACACGUAUCUGCAGUUCGCUAGCUUGUGUCGGCAGUCAGGGAACCUCUCGCUGUCGCUCAAGGUGUUCACCAAUGCUCUCCACGUUCAUGGCGGCUCAGGAUCCAACGGAACAGGCAUCUCGGAGAUGUUAAGUGUGGCUCCGUCAAGUUCAGCAGCCACUUCCUUCGGAUUUGGCGAGAAGGACCGCAACCGCGUGGCCUUCGCCUACUUGAAGCACCUCUGGGCUGCUGGACAGAAGCAGGAAGCGCUCUCAGACUUGCAUCGCUUGGUGGUGCGUAUCUCGUCCAUGGCCAAGCAUCGUUCCCAGCCUCCAGGUGGCAUGGGUGGGAUGCCAUCUCCUGCACCAGCGAUGAUGCCUAUGAGAAGCGAAGAAGAAGAGCUGCUUGUCAAGUGUCACUUGAAGAUGGCGGAGUGGCAGCUGGCAGUACACGACCAGCAGAUCGAACACGUGCCAGUGGAAAGUGUGCUAUCCUCUUUACGGUUGUGUACCGAACUGGAGCCGCGUAGCUACAAGGCGUGGCAUGCGUGGGCUCUGAUGAAUUUCCAGGUGGUCGAGCACUCGACACACAGUCAACAUAUCUCGGCGAACGCGACUGCAUCGGCCGUUGCACCGUCUGCUUCGGUGGCUCCGUACAUCGCUCCGGCUAUUGAAGGCUUCUUCCGCUCCGUCGCGCUGGGUCGCAGUCGCUGGGCUGCCAACGUCCAACAGGAUAUUCUACGUGUCUUGACGCUGUGGUUUGCACACGGCCACCGUACCGACGUGCAUGCCGCCUUGGAGAAAGGUUUUCGGUCCGUGAGUAUCGAGACGUGGCUCAUUGUGAUCCCGCAGCUGAUCGCUCGUAUCCACACGCCAUACCCGCGUAUCCAAAAGCAGCUCCAUCGUCUGCUAGUGGCAGUAGGGAAGCAGCAUCCACACGCGCUCAUCUAUCCGCUGUCUGUAGCGCUCAAGUCGUCGGUGAGUGAACGUCAGCAAGCGGCUGAAGCCAUCAUGAGUACAAUGCGCACCAACUACGUGGAGCUCGUGGAUGAGGCGCUGCUGGUGAGUCGAGAACUCAUCCGCGUUGCCAUUUUGUGGCACGAAAUGUGGCACGAAGGCCUGGAAGAAGCUUCGCGGUUGUAUUUCGGCGAGCACAAUGUGGACGGCAUGGCGGAAGUGCUGCGACCUCUGCACGCGAUGAUGGAGCGAGGCCCCGAGACGCUACGUGAGGUGAGCUUCCACGGGGCGUUCGGCCGUGACUUGCGCGAAGCCAACGAGUGGUUGCAGCGAUUCCUGAGCAAUCGCCGCAACGAAUCGGACCUGAAUCGCGCGUGGGAUCUGUACUACCACGUCUUCCGUCGUAUCAACAAGCAGCUACCACAGAUCACGACGCUGGAACUGCAAGUGGUGUCGCCCAACUUGCUACAGGCGAGAAACCUGCAACUGGCGGUCCCUGGAACAUACCGUGCUGGUCACGCUCUCGUCAAGAUUGGCAGCUUCUUACCUACAGUGGCGGUGAUCACGAGUAAGCAGCGACCUCGUCGCAUCACGAUCGUGGGCUCCAAUGGACUGGAGUACAUGUUCUUGCUGAAGGGCCACGAAGAUUUACGUCAGGACGAGCGUGUGACGCAGCUCUUUGGCCUAGUGAACGCGUUGCUGAUCAACGAUCGUAAUACGUCCAAGAAAGACCUCAAGAUCCAUCGGUACCCGGUCAUCCCGCUGUCUGACAACGCCGGUAUCGUCGGCUGGGUGCCUCAUUGUGAUACUCUUCACCAGCUGAUCCGCGACUACCGUGAGGCGCGUAAGAUCCUGCUGAACAUUGAGCAUCGCUUGAUGCUCCAGAUGGCGCCAGACUACGACGCGCUAACGCUGCUGGAGAAGGUGGAAGUGUUCUUGUAUGCACUGGAGAACACAGCCGGUCAGGACUUGUACAAGGUGCUGUGGCUCAAGUCGGAGAACUCGGAGGUUUGGCUGGACCGACGCACGAACUACACGCGCUCUCUGGCCGUCAUGUCGAUGGUGGGCUACAUUCUCGGACUGGGCGAUCGUCACCCGAGUAACUUGAUGCUGCAUCGCUUCACCGGGACGAUCGUGCAUAUCGACUUUGGUGACUGCUUUGAGGUUGCGAUGGAUCGAGAGAAAUAUCCCGAGAAGAUCCCGUUCCGACUCACACGCAUGCUGACGAACGCCAUGGAAGUGAGUGGCAUCGAAGGCAACUUCCGCUUCUCGUGCGAGAGUGUCAUGGCGGUGUUGCGUGAGAACCGCCACAGUCUCAUGGCUAUGCUCGAAGCUUUCGUGCACGAUCCGUUGAUCAAUUGGCGUCUGCUGUCGGCUACCAACGUGCAGUCUUCGAGUCACGCGGGCAGUUCAGUGGCGUCGAGUGUCGUGUCAUCUUCGAUGGUUUCCAGUGCGAUGAGUAUGGACAGCGAGAGCGACUAUGAGCCGUCAGAAGCUUCGUCGCAUGGACAGUCGGAGUACUCGUCGGAUAAUUCUUCCCAUGGACCGUAUGACGAUUCCUCACACGGACCAUCGGAAGCUUCGUCUCAUGGCCCUUCAGAGGCCUCGACUCAUGGAGGCGAAGAGGAAGCAACACAUCGUCGUAGUGAGAGCAUCUCGAUCCCAGAUCCCACACCUUCAUCGACUGCUACGCUAUUAGACGAUCGAGAUGAGCCGCGGCCUAAUGCCAGCAAGACACAAGAUGCUCCAGUACAAGACGACAAGCAAGAGACAAGGGAAGAGACCAAGGUGUAUGAGGUGGAUUCUACUGAAGCUCAACAAGCUCAACAACUCCCGCCGCGGCCAGUGCCACGUCAAAUCAGCGCCAGUUUGGCUGCUCCACGUCAGUUGCCUCCGCGACCAAAGGAAGAGCCUGCGCCGCCUCCACUGCCGUCUUCCUUGUCGUCACGUCCGAUGAGUCUCAGCAAGUCCAUCCCGAUGCGUAAGCUCCCACCUCGUGCGCCAGCCAAUCGUCUACGCGAAGACGCGAUCGAUGAGAACGAGGAGUCGAAUGUCGUCGAGAAGAUCGACUACUCGACUACGAACUUACAUGCCGAGAUCUCGUCGUUGGCCGCCAGUGUAUCCAGCGUCGGCCACUCGAGUUUAAGUCGCAGUUUCUCCGUCACUCAAGCUCAGAUCCAGGCGCAGUCUCAGAUACGACAACAACGACAACAGGCUGAUAAGGGCCAGUCAACUCAGGCGCCCAGUACACCACUGGGCCCCCCACCACGAAUGGCUCCGGCCGCGUCGACGUCGUUCGUGUCUGUCACGGCAGCUGCACACAUCCCGCCGUCCUCGGAUACUGUGCCGCCAUCAGUGGCUAACAACGAUUUGCAUGCCAACCGCAGUGUCCGCGAACGUGAGCUGCUGAGCGCUCUGGGACCCGAAGGCAUUGCAGCGCCACGUGUUGCGUUGAACGAGAAGGCCGUCGCCGUCAUUCGACGUGUCCAGGCGAAACUGUCCGGCCGGGACUUUGAAGGAGACGGUGAGCCACUGGAUGUGAGUGCGCAAGUGCAGCGUCUCAUCUCGCAAGCCACCUCGCAUGAAAAUCUCUGCCAGUGUUACAUCGGCUGGUGUCCCUUCUGGUAA